AUGAUCAAUAAGCAAGGAUUAGGCGAGAAAAAUCGAGCUAGGAUGAUCGAUUGGAUGUAUCAAGUUUUUAAAGCAAUCAAUAAAAGCAACGAUAAGACAUUUUUCCAAGCUGUCGCGAUUAUGGAUAGAUGCUUCUCUGAAUUAUCAAAGAAAAUGAAAAAUACUGGGGGCAUGGCUUCCUCAUAGCCUACUUAUUAAGUUGAUUUACAUCUGAUUGGACUAACCUGCAUUUGGAUUAGUUCAAAACUAGAAGAUGUAAUACCUAUAAGUCUAAGAGAAAUUGUGAAAGAUGCUUCACAUUUUAAGUACUCCAACGACGAGAUCUAUGUCUGA